CGGCAAAUAUCAUUGAUUCUGUUGCACGCGGGAAGGGAUUGCCRUUSAUCAGAGUUGGAAGAAGUUCGAACAUACGCAACAAUGAGUGAACAAUACCAAGCUUACACGAAUACCGCCUCGCAACCGAUCGAUUUCGGUGCCUACCCGCCCUGCCUGGUAGCUUGGCCGAUCAACAUUUUGGACACUCUGUGCGAUCGUUAUCUGGGGGGACUGUGUUCUCGGUGGCGCGCAUUGCUUCCRGAACACCUGGCGUCGGAGGACAGCUCCAGCUGGUUCUCUGUCACGCACAAAAUGACAAAGACUCCGAACGAAUACCUGCCCGGCUUGCUUUCCUACCAAGACUUUGUAGAGGGCGACGACGAGGCGCCGUUCUCCAUGGGUUCGAUGAAGCGCUUUGCAUUSGCCACGUCUUCCACCAGUCUUGCCUCGGUUCUUUCCUKGACGUCCCUGCUGGUAUUGGUGGUUCUGGUUUUCUGCAUCAGGGUGCUCAAGGCCAACAUCCAGCCCGCGUUUUCGAGCAUCGCUCGAUCCUACUGCCGGAAGACGCACGGGCCGGACUGGGAAAAAGAAAAGGCGAACGCGGAUCGAAUCUAYAAGUUUGGAGAAUACGUGUUUCGUCUGUGUUUUCACACURUGAUUUCGAUCGUGGGGAUCUGGCUCUUUCACGACAAGCCCUGGUGGUCGUCGGUCUCGGAGUUUUUGGUCGGUGGUGGUAGUGGUGACGACGCGACAACGCCCAUGGGCACAAAAUCGUUGUACAUUAACUUUCCGUUUCAGCCCGUCGAGCCGGGAAUGAUUUGGUACUACCUUGUCCAGUGUGCCUACAACGCCGAAGCCAUGAUCAGUUUGCUGAAGAUCUCGCUGAAGGUGGAGCUCCAGCCCAUCCGGUGCGAACACCAUUGCAACAAAACCAAACAACAACCACAAAAGUGGCAGCUUCCGAUCAAGAUCGAGUGGUCCGAGACCUGCCGGGGAGACUUUCGGGAGAUGUUUGUUCACCACGUCUUUACCAAUCUGCUAGUCAUUGGGAGUUCGUUCUACCGUUUUCAUUACAUCGGUAGCAUGGUAUUUAUCAUCCACGAUAUUUCCGACAUUCCCGUGGAUCUCUCCAAGCUCGCAAAUUUCCUCAAGUGGAAAACGACCACCACGAUAUGUUUCGUGGCCAUGUGCAUCACGUGGCUUUUGACGAGACUUUGUGUUUUGCCCUUUAUCGUUUGGCGGUCCAUCAUUUACGAAUCAUGGCUGGUGUGCGCCUCUGGCUACAUCCCACCAAUGUACUACAAUAUGUUCCAGCCCAUAUUCGUGGGUCUUCUAGGAGUCUUGAUUCUUUUGCACAUUUACUGGUUCAGCCUGUUUGUCCGUAUGGGAUACGUGUUGAUACGGAAGGGAGAAGCCCAUGAUUUAAGCGAGCACAAAAACGGCGAGAAACAGAACGGCACCGAAAGCAAAAAGAGUCAAUAGUACCAAUGUCUUCGAGCAGCGAACAAAGAAGGGAGGCAUUGAAAGUUUAUCGACAAUCUGGUUUUGAAGCAAAAUUUUUYAGAUUCUUUCUUUUUUAUCAACGGUGCAGAUCUGUGCGACGAGACAAGGAUCUGGGAGGGAACGAUACAAUACAAAUUAUAACCAUCUACAUUCAGAUGUAAAACGAAUACAAGAUUCUGCUGCAUGUCAGGAACAAAAAUCGCACUCUGCGUCUCUGUUUCAUCCAUGCCUUUUGCAGCAAUUGAAUGUAAAGAUAAGAAGCUUUAUAUUCCUAUUGUCAUUACUACGCUGAUCAUCCUGUUGGCCCAUGUGAUACAAUGCAUCAUGUAUCUUUUCAAAACUAACAAAUUUAGGAAAUUCGUCAGGAAGCUGGGGCGUGCAUGCUAUGGAUAGUUUUACCCCU